AUGCAAUCUAUUGUAAACAGUGCUACCAGUACAGUUGCCGAAUACACGUUUGGUGUCAUCAAGCGAGGGAUUGGGUACAUAAUAUAUGUUGACAGCAAUGUCCAGGAUCUGAAGGAGCAAGUUGGAAACCUGGAAGAUGCUCGAGGAAGAGUGCAGCAUUCUGUCGAUCGGGCCAUAAGGAAUGCAGAGAAGAUUGAAGCGGAUGUCCUCAAAUGGUUGUCCAACGUUGAUAAGAAGUUGACUGAAAACUUUGAGGAGAAAUUGAAGAAAGAUGAGGAGAAAGCAAAGAAGAAAUGUUUCUUUGCCCUGUGUCCGAAUGUCAAGUCUCGCUACCAAGUCAGCAAGAAAGCGGUGGACGAGAAGCAUGCUAUCAGUGAACUCCUGGAACAAGGGAAAUUCGACAAAGUUUCGUAUUCUCCUCCUAUAGAGGGGGUAGUGACCAAAGGUUACAAGGCCUUUGAAUCGAGAACAACAACCUUGAAGGGGAUUAUGGAGGCCUUAAAGGAAUCAAGUGUUCGAAUUGUUGGAAUAUAUGGGAUGGCUGGCGUAGGCAAGACCACGCUUGCCAAAGAAGUUUCUGCCAGAGUAAAGGAGGAGCACUUGUUCGACGAAGUUGCAAUGAGCUUUGUCACCGAUAAUCCAGACAUCAGAAAAAUUCAAGGAGAAAUUGCUGACAUGUUAGGCCUGCUUUAUGAGAAGGAGACUGUUAGCGGAAGAGCAAUGGAGCUACGCGAGCGGUUGAAGACCGACAAAAGGAUCCUCAUAGUUUUGGAUGACCUAUGGCAGAAACUUGACCUCGAAGAGGUUGGUAUCUCAUUGGAGGAUGAAGCUGCUAAAGGAUCUUCUAUUGCAGGAUGCAAAAUACUGCUGACUUCCAGAAGCCUCGAUGUGCUUCGCCUCAUGCAUGCUGAGAAGAGUUUUGAAGUUGAAAUUUUAUCCAAAGAAGAAUCAAUGAUUCUUUUUGUAAAAACAGUGGGCAACAUAUCUGGUGGUUAUGAACGCAGAGCGAAUGAAUUGGUGGAAAAAUGUGAAGGGUUGCCGGUCGCAAUCUUAGCAAUUGCAAACACUUUGAAAGAAAAGGACCUCGCGUCUUGGGAUGAUGCCUUGCUGCAGCUACGACGGUCAAAUCCAUCAAACAUAGAGGGGAUGCAAGACAAUGUAUAUUCUACCAUUGAGUUGAGUUACAAAUGGCUGAGAAAUGAGGAAGCACAAUCUUUGUUCCUGAUAUGCGGCCUGCAUCCUCAGAGUUUUGAUAUCCCUGUCUUUGAUUUGCUGCAAUAUAGCUUUGGUCUAGAUCUUUUGGAAGGCAUCUACACGCUGGAAGAAGCAAGAAAAAGGAUAGAUGCACUAGUUCAUAAGCUCAAAGCUUCUAGCUUACUACUUGAGGGAAAAGGUUACGAAUGGGUGAAAAUGCAUGAUCUUAUACGCGAUGUUUCCAUUUCAAUUGCAUCAAUAAACAAGGGGAUGUGGGUCAUAAGGAUGCAAAUCAUCUGA